UGAACUCUUACGAAAAGGGAGACCGAGAGAGGGAAGAGAGAGAGAAUCGGGGAGUGAGCGCGCGCGCGCGCGUGUGUGUGUGUGUGAGAGGGGGAGAGAGAGGCGCGGAGGAGCUGCAAAACAUGGUAAUCACCAGCACCAACAUCACCAUCACCAUCACCAUCACCUCCAGCUCUGCCGCGCACUCUCCCGUCUCCUCUCCUCCGCUGCGCCGAGGCUUGCGUUUCAUGCCCAAAGCCCUGAUCUGCGCUCCCAAAAUAACCCGCAGCCAGCAUGCCGAAGGAAGCAAAACAAGAAGAGCGGUAUUUUUAGGGUCAUUAAUUUCGACCACGUGGCCCGAAGGUAAACCGGAUGGCCGUUGCGCAAAGGUUCCUCGUCAGUAUGUCCUGCGAGGCCGGCACGCCGCACUGGACGCUGACCGCCGCGGUUCUCCUGGGCUUCCUGCUGGGGAUCGUGUCAGCGUACCCGCUACCGAGCAGCAGGACAAACGCAACUUUACUGGAGAAACGAUGGGAAACCCUCUUCUCCCGCUCGGUGCUGGGGAUCUCCGGGGAGAAACCGGAGCAGAACUGGGAGAGUGACUAUCUGCUGGGCAUCAAAAGAGUGCGGAGGCUCUACUGCAACGUGGGCAUCGGGUUUCACCUUCAGAUCCUCCCCGACGGCAGGAUAAACGGUGUACAUAAUGAAAACCAGUACAGUCUAAUAGAGAUCUCCACUGUGGAGAGAGGAGUGGUGAGUCUCUACGGGGUGAAGACGGAGUUGUUUGUCGCAAUGAACAGCCGUGGGAGGUUGUACGGAACGGUAGACAGUCUUCCACGACGAGUGCAAGUUCAAGGAGAGUUUGCUCCCGAACAACUACAACGCGUACGAGUCGCUGGUGUACAGAGGCUCCUACAUCGCCCUCAGCAAGCAUGGCCGCGUGAAGAGGGGCAACAAGGCCACCACUGCCAUGACUGUGACGCACUUCCUACCCCGAAUAUGACGAGCAAAAACAAAAAAAAAAGAGAAACACGCAAUAACAAACUUAUUUGCACAUGUGGAGUAUUUCCCAGGUAACAUAAAUACCGUAUACAUACGUACAAACAAAAGACAAAACGGACUGUAAAAGAAAGAAAUACAACUAUAUCUGAUAGUAUUUAUUCAAACUUUAUAUGUAUAUUUGGGUAGCUUACGUUGUAGAGAGUGAUGGAAAUGCCAUUCUUUGCUGCUUUUAUGAUUUUCAUGGCGUUGGUACUGGACGGCGUUAGACCCUCGGUUUGAUGGGCGCCUGCUGGGAAAGAAAGGCAUACGUUAUUACCUCAAAGCAGCACAUCUGGAAGAGAAGAGGAGGAAGGAAAAGCAACGCGUGCAUGACAUUUCUACUGUGUUUACCUCUAAGUGUUGUGGUCGGCGCCCGUCGAGGACUUGGACGUUUCCCACCCGCCGUCAGGGCAACUCGAGCAGCUCCUCGUGCUCGGUCAUGAGGCGGCGGUGCCUUGAAUUCCUACUUGCAGCCCCCUUUACCCUUGGAUGCGAGAAAUGAGGCGCUCGGGUCGGAAAUAGGAACGAAACGCAAGUCAUCCCCUCCCUCAGACGCCACCGGCCCAAUUCCUAGAGGGCCACAGGUUUCUCCACCUUACUUUCCUUCCGUAAUUAGAUUAAUUGAGUCAUUGGGAGUCUCUGCCGCACAGGAUCCAACUGAGUCUCUUCUUAAUGUGGGAGGCUGGGUUUAGAUUCAGCACUUGACACCCCCGUCACGUCCGAGGGAGCUUUGACAAUCCCGGGUUAUUUCUCAAAUGUUGUAUCUGGAGCAGGCUCAGAGUGCGUGAGCUGUGGGCAUGCAUGUGUUGUUUUAGGUGUAUAUGCGUACGCGCUUUACUUUGAUUUUGUGUGCGUGUCUUUUAAUGCGGAGCAGACUCUUAUAGGCCCGACUCCGAAGCACCAUUUCUGUCUGUUCCCCCCUUUUAGUAUAAGUUGGUGCUGUCUGUUGCAUCUGGUCUGUAGACUUGACAUUUGGUUGUUGAUGAUUUACUCAUUUAUGAACUACUUUGAAUAUUACUUUGUUGACUUUGUAGCAAAGGCGACGCCAGGUUUGGUUUGGAGAUAUGUGGCACCUACAGUAACAGGCUGGAGCGGAUGACACUGAUGUCAGCGUAGCGUUAAUAUGCGUCGUGAUCCUGGGAUUUGUGAGCAAUACGUCAGGGAACUGGGCCUGUGUGACGUGUGGACGAUGUGGAUUUCACCGAUAUCGAAGCUGUUUGUUCUUCUUUUCUAAUGGGUCACUGAGUCUGAGAAACGGGAACGGCAGUGUACCUGAACUCGACAUCUGCUCACGUAUACAUACACACUGGGCCACCGCAGUGACGUUUACCUGCUGAUUUAUGGAGCUCUGCACCUGUUCGCGCUGACAAAGUGCAACGAAGAGCCAGGAACGUGUGUGUUUUAGUGUUGAAAUGAAGCAAUGUGCAAUGAAGCUUGACUUUGGAUCUUUGGAUCUUGAACUUCAGAACUUGACCCGCAACAUUCUGCAAGUAGCAAACUAGCAGCAAAACGUGACGAAUCAAAAGUAGCCCGCAGUCACAUGCGUUCAUCUUUUACCUCAUGCCCUUUCCAGUAGCAGAGACGAACGUGCAGCGUCUCGGUCAGAGCGAGCGUGCACGCGCGCGCCGGGUUCUGCUUCCGCCAAAGCCACAGCGCAGAUGCUAUCGGAUUAAUUAACCUUGAGUGUGGGAUGAAGGAGCAGCGUCCGACUGUGCGAGCCGAUGCACUGUACGCUCGCUUUCUUGCGGGGGAGGAGAGCGAGGCGGGAGGCACGGGGUGAGGCCGCCGAGCUGGCGGUUCACGUAGCAAAAAGGAAUCACAUGCUUCCAUUAGGAGAACAGGCUGUCUAGUAGACUACAUACUGUGAUACUGUCAUAUUUAAUGUUUUAAAACAGCAACGUCACUGGGUUUGAUCCUGAUCAUGUUGCUCAUGUUGAUGGAUCAGCCUUCAUCGUAUCAGUAUUAUCAGAAAACGAUCGCCCGUAGCUCCGUCUGUAGCUUCACGGAGUCCGUUGAGGAGAUAUUUUGACUCACUGUGUCAAAAUAUGCUAAAGGUGCAACUUUUUUUGUAGGGUGCAUUUGAAUGAGCGAGGGCACGUGCUGGUUUCCCUUGCUGUGCUGUCAUCGAUGCUGGAUGACUGGUGCGAUCGAAAGGCACUGAUGGCUUCACUGUGUCACUUUCUGUGCGUUCUUCUUUUUGAUUUGCGACGCCGUGUUUCAGAGGACACCGUCGGCACAAGUAGAGUGGGAACUGCGGAGCGCGAGGAGCAGCAACGUCUCCCUCUACGACCUUUGCAUGAUAUUAUUUCAAGGCAGAAAAUGUUGUAUAAUACAGCAGCAACUGAGAGAAGAUAGUAAACGGCAGGAGAAUCUCACCGUUCUUUAUUAACCCUUGCUCCCCCAGUUCCCUCAUUAUGCAGACGGAGUUGUGAACGGGCCACGUGAGCACGAGAAUCCAGCGCGUGGGUCUCGUCCCGGCGUCGUCCCCGUUCGGCCGGUUUUGAAUUGUGUUGGUUCACAGGGAAGCUGGAGGUGUGUGGGGUUGAUCUGGGAUCAGGCGUGUGCGCGUGCGUGUUUGUGUGUGUCCCUGUGUGCCGGCAGCCUUUGUGUUUCUCUCUCAGUUUUCUAUUCCUGCACUGAGGGGAGAGUGCUUCCUCUGAGUCCCCCUCCUCUUUUUGAACAUAUACCUCACCUUCUGCCUUAGUUCCGAUUAUUGAAAAUGAUUGUAAAUUAGUUUGAAACAACAGACUUCUCCAAUCAUUUGUUUCUGAAAAAAAUAUGAUGAUGAGUACGUAAAAUACUAUAUUACAAAUGGUUUUCCUUUUAUUUUUGUACGUAUGUGCUGUGCACAGCAGUCAACUGUAUUCCUGAAAUGAUAAUAAAAGAAGUUUUGUAAAA